AUGAACAUCUCUUCCGACUUCCGCAGUACACCGACUGAUCUCUUUCGACGAUGGACGGCUGCCCUACUCUUUUGGUCGUGGCUUUCCGUUCUACUUUACGGGAACAGUGUUGGGGCGCUUGCCAGGUCUAUCGUCCAUGAUGACACUUUGCAUCGUCGCGUGGCUUCAUUCACCGACCAAGUCUCCUUUGACAACUACAGUUUGUCGCUACGCGGUCAAAGGAUCUUCUUACACUCGGGGGAAUUCCAUACAUUUCGGCUACCUGUUCCAUCCUUAUGGCCCGACAUCCUGCAAAAAGUCAAGGCAUCAGGCCUGAAUGCUGUCAGUGUCUAUGUUCACAUGGGUCUCCUCAACCCGUCGCGUGGUGUCGUGGACUUUGACGGCUUUCGUGCCCUGAAGCCGCUGUACGAGGCAGCUUUGGAUGCGGGUAUUUGGAUCGUUCUACGUCCUGGUUAUAUCAAUGCAGAGACUUCUGCAGGUGGCAUAGCCCAUUGGGCUACAUCAGAAGUUGCUGGAACGCUGCGAACAAGCGCGCCCGAUUGGAAAGAAGCAUGGAUGGAUUAUAUUCUCGGGAUCAUCGAAGAGACAGCCCCGUAUCAAAUCACCGAAGGAGGGCCUGUAAUUGGUGAGCGCGUCGCUGUUUUGACGCAUAACGAAUUCACUCAGAGCAUCGGUGGAGAGUACUUUGCUGAGCUUGAAGAAGUCUAUCGCAAUUCAAGCAUUGCAUUGCCCCUUACCUACAAUGACCCAGGAGAGGGUCGUAACUUCAUCAAUGGGACUGGCGCUGUCGAUCUUUAUGGAUUGGAUUCUUAUCCUCAAGGUUUCGACUGCUCUCAUCCCUUGGACUGGAAUGGGGUUACCUUGAAUUACCAUCAAUAUCACGAAGCAGCCAAUCCAUCUCAGCCUUGGUAUUUCCCCGAGUUCCAGGGAGGUUCAUUUGAUGCUUGGGGACCAACUGCACCGGGCUAUGCUCUUUGCGCCGCACUAACUGGUCCAGAUUUCAUGUCUGUUUUUUAUCUCCAGUUAUGGGCCAGCAACGCGAAGCUGACAAGUUACUACAUGCUUUAUGGUGGUACAUCGUGGGGGGCAAUACCAUUCCAUGCUAACUUUGGGAAGGUUUACACCUCAUACGACUACGGAGCUUCCAUUGAUGAAGCUCGGCAAUUGACGACAAAAUACGACGAACUGAAAAGGCAGUGCCUGUUCAUCCGAAGCUCACCGGAAUUCCACAAGACAGAUUGGAUUGCUGACAGUUCCACGGGUCUUUCAAUCUUGUCGUCCGAAGCGGUCUUUGCGACUUACCUCCUCAACCCUGAUACACAAGCUGGAUUUUACAUCGUAAGACAUACCAAUUCCACCUCCACUGAUAUCACCGACUUCAAGAUUAACGUUGCUACAGUAGAGGGUGACCUUCAGAUUCCGAUUAUCGCCUCAGCAGUUACACUAGGUGGACGACAGUCUAAAGUCAUCGUGUCUAAUUACGCCUUCGGCUCUUCACGUCUGUUGUAUUCCACGGCACCAAUAUAUUUCGCCGGCGUCAUUGACGGUAGAGAUGUCCUCUUCAUCUAUGGAGAUGCUUCCCAAGAGCAUGAAAUCGCUUUAUCGCUCACAGGCCGCUCCUUCCGAAAGCAAUAUGAUACUUCAUCAUUCCGAGCCACGCUCACGCCGAGCUCCGUUAUUACAAUCUUCUCCUUCCCUACUGGGACUCAAGGCCUAGUGACGGUCUACGAUUCCGACUCGCAAUUGGUGCUGUUUGCCGACUCUGACACCGUCGCCACCUUCUGGGCACCUGUCAUUCCUGGAGACGCCAAUAGUUCACUGCGCAAUUAUUGGGGUCUGGGGACUAAUGAGUCCGUCCUCGUGGGUGGACCGUAUCUCGUGCGCUCGGCUAGCAUAUCAGGAACGGUGCUUGCGUUGAAAGGCGACCUCAACGCCAGUACACCGUUGACAAUCAUAGCUCCUGCUGUGAUUAGUUCUGUAACAUGGAACGGCGUUGCGUUAUCAGUCCAUGCAUCCUCAUCCUUGACGGAAAUCGGAGGUCUAAUAGGAGAUCUCUCCAUGUCGUCGGCAUCCGUGGACUUCGCAGUGGCUCCGACGUUGGAGGGAUGGAAGUUCCGAGACAGCUUGCCGGAGAUUCAACCAACGUUCGACGAUGGUUCAUUUGUCGUCGCGAACCAUACCACGACCAAUAUCCCUCUCAAACCGUAUUAUUCCGACGGGACAAUUUUGUACGGAUGCGAUUACGGAUUCUGCGAAAAUAUUGUACUUUGGAGAGGACAUUUCAACGGCACGGGAGCCGAGAAGAGUGUCAAUCUCUCCAUAAACGGUGGCGAAGCAUUUGCCGCAAGCGUUUGGCUCAAUAAUAUCUUCUUGAAUACGUCUUACGGAAAUUCAACCAACAAUAAAAAUAUCCUCGAGGAGACAGAUGACGUAUUCAUUUUCCCCGAAGGCGCAGUUUUACCGGGGGACAAUAUCAUCACAGUAGUCCAGGACAACAUGGGCCUGAAUGAGACUUCUGGAAGUGCGUGCCUAUCAAAUACCAAUGCUUCUAAAAGUCCUCGUGGCAUUCGUGGAUUUCAGCUGAACACCGGCAAGUUCACACAGUGGCGGGUUCAGGGGAAAAUCGGGGGAUACACGGACUUUCCUGACAAGACCCGUGGCGUGUUCAACGAGGGGGGUCUUUACGGCGAGCGUAAAGGCUGGCACUUGCCUGGAUUCGAUACGUCGUCAUGGAAGUCGAGGGAUCUAAAUGAUGGUUUACCAGAGUCUGCAGCAGGUGUUGGCUUCUUCGUGACGACAUUUGAUCUGGACAUUCCAGAAGGUUUUGACGUGCCUAUGUCGUUCAACUUCAAUGAACCGCUCGGUCAGCCCUACCGGGUGUACCUGUUUGUUAAUGGCUGGAUGAUGGGAAAGCGAGUCGGAAAUCUAGGGCAAUCCAGGCCGCAAGCUAAGUUCCCGGUUCAUCAAGGCAUUCUGGAUUACAGUGGAACCAACACUGUCGCUGUUGCUCUCUGGGCGAUGGAGGCUAAUACGACUAUUGCCCCCGACCUGCAGCUCAGUGUGGACGCCGUGUAUAAAGGUGGGCCGGGUGGCAUAGUUACCAACAAUCCUCGCUGGUCUCCCGCAGGUCGUGUAUAA